AUGGAAGAGAAGUCCGAAAAUGAAGAACGAGACGAAGAUGUAGUGCGAGACGAAAAGGCGGACUACGGUUCUGUGGACGAUGUGGACGAAGAGAAACUGCGAGCCUGGCUGACCGAUCUACUCGCUUUUCUACUGCCGUUCGUUUCAGAACGCCGCGCCGAUACGGUUUGGUUGGGAACGCGCAUCCACGUACCCGGACAGGACAACGGCACAAGCCAUGGCUUAGAGAGAAGACGCAGGGCACCUAGAGCGACGCCAAAAUUUUACUCUUUCGACGACGCGAUCAGUCAGCCUGAUGAGAAUGGCACCCUCGAGAAAGAGGAGAAGCGGCUGCUCGAUCCGGGCCAACGUGUCCAGCAGCUGUUGCAACAGGGUGAUCCCAAGGAGAAUCAGCAGAUCGCCACUCCACGUCGUCUCUUCACUGAAAUGGAACAGUUGUGCUACGACGGUGCUACCCGAGAAUGGCGUGAGACAGCCCGGUGGGUAAAAUUUGAGGAGGACGUUGAGGAAGGCGGAAACCGGUGGUCAAAGCCUUACGUCGCCACUCUUUCGUUGCAUUCACUGUUCGAACUUCGAUCGUGUCUUCUCAAAGGAUCGGUGCUUUUGAAUUUGGAUUGUACCGAUUUUCCGUCCAUCGCUGGUACUCCACAUAAGAUCGUCGAAAUACUGUUGAAAACCGGGCAGAUCAAAGAGACGAUGCAGGAUUUUAUCCAUGAUACGUUGCUUUGUAAGCAUCGUCAUCAGUACGAGAACACGAAGUUAGGCAUGGAAGUAUUGAGUUCCGGACAGAGCUUCCUUCAGACAGUCAGAUCGUUGGCCGACAUCGGUCGAUCGUACUCGCAGGCGAAGAAUAUCGUUAGCGUUGAACAUUCUACCUCAGGUAAACGCCCGUUUCUAGUUUUCAUUGUUGUAGCACGUAUGCCGCUCGAGAUGGGUUACAUUAAUUCUGCUGCGCAACAUUUCUAUUGGUGUUGUUGGAAUAUAUAUAACUAAUU